AUGGGACGAACGGGCGGCGGUGACCCGGACGUUGAGGGUUUGAUGGCAAACGCCGUCGGCUUUGCGGCGCACAGGCAACGGCGGGAGGGAAAAAAUACGCGCCACUGGGGGAGGCGCCCCGUCGAUGGCGGCGUUGCCCGCGAUGUGAAUCGCGGCGACCCGCCGCCUCCGCACCGCGGCAUCUCAUUGAACCAGCUGUUUUCUACUGAGCCGCUGCGGCGUGAGGCUCUGGUCAGGCCAAACACUGGCAGCCUGGGCCCGAGCGUGGACGCCGACGACGCUGCGGAUGAGGAUGGGAUGACGGCCAUUCAACGCCUCAUUGACUCUCAGUACGACUCGUGUGUAAGCAAAACCGGAAGCCGCGGGGGCGGCAGUAAGGCCCGUGACGACGGUGGUGAGCUUCACGGCAGUUUUUUAGAUGGGCGACUUAGUUGGUGCUCUUCGUUGCCGCCACGGCCCCUACAGCGUGCAAAGGGGCGCGCGUCCGAAGAGGCCUGUGUGCGUCUUGGAGACCUUGAGGCUGCGAAGACUUCUCAGGUUACGGCUAGGCGGGAGAGCUGCAGUGUGGGGGUUCAGUGUGACACGCGGGCCGCAGCGACGGCUGUGGAGCUGCAGCAGUUAGAGCAACUCCGCCAGCAAACCCUCGCUGGCGACCCUGAGAGCGUGGCUCACUUUCUUGCGCGACGCAUUCGUGCGCUUGAGCUGGAUCGCUUCGGGCACUCGGCAGCGUUUACCUCCGCUUUGCUGCAGAAGACACUGUUGUAG